AUGCCCUUUGGUCUAGCCCAGAACGGGCUAGUGUUCGGCUUCGUCCUCAUCGUGUGGUCCUCGCUCACCUCGGCAUUUGGCCUCUACUUGCAGAACAAAGUCGCCAAGUACACCGACCAGCGCGGCACGGUGCUGUACUUCAGCUUGGCGCAAUUGACGUACCCCAAGCUUUCCAUCUUGUUCGACCUGGCCAUCUCGAUCAAGUGCUUCGGCGUCGGGGUGAGCUAUCUCGUGGUCAUUGGCGACUUGAUGCCGAAAAUCAUGGAGACGUUGGGCCAGGGGCAGAACACGUUGCUCAUGCAUCGUAAUUUCUGGAUCACGAUCUUUAUGGCGGUGGUGGUUACGCCGCUUUCGUAUCUCAAGAAAAUGGAUAGCUUGAAGUACACUAGCUUCAUUGCCUUGUUUAGUGUGGCGUAUUUGAUCUGUUUGGUGGUGGAAAAAUAUUUCGCUUUGGUGUUGAUGGGCAAUGCCUCAACUUCCACCACCACCACCACCACCACCACUACCACGGAUUUAAUGGUGAGAGCUGCGCUGGCUAUCCCCCAGGAUAUAACCUGGUUCGGCCCGCGCUCACUCCAGAAAACACUUUCCUCAUUCCCCAUGUUUGUCUUUGCAUACACAUGCCACCAGAACAUGUUUGCCAUCUUAAACGAGCUCCAGCCGCACCCAACCCUGGGUUCGCAGACGCGCCAAUCCAAUCUCAUCAUCCGCAACGCCAUUGCCACCGCGCUCGCCUCCUACCUCGUCGUCGGCAUAUUCGGCUACCUCACGUUCGGAUCCACCGUCAACGCAAACAUCAUAUCAAUGUACCCCAGCUCCUCCAUCUCGAGCCUCGUGGGCCGCCUCUGCAUCGUAGUGAUGGUGAGCUUAUCAUUUCCGCUCCAAUGCCACCCGUGUCGCGGAUCCGUCAACCACGUGAUCCACUUUAUCCAGCAUGGAGUCGACUCGCUCAAGAUGAAAAAGAGCAAGCGCAACAACACAACAGCGGGGUACACGAGCUUGAGCUCCGACAUCGAGUCCGUGGCAUCGAGCCGCGCCGACACCGAAGCUACUGAAGCCACGGAGGCGGAUGAAAGUUUCAUCUCGACGACGCCAAUGGAAGGGGCACACGACACGCAGGGCCACGACCCCAUCGUGGUGCCGCUUACAACCAGGAAAUUCUACGCCAUUACCACCGCCAUCGUGGUGUUGAGCUACGCCGUGGCCAUUAGCGUCACGAACUUGGCGAAGGUGUUGGCGUUCGUGGGCAGUACCGGCAGCGUCAGCAUCAGCUUCUUGUUGCCGGGCCUCUUUGGCUACUUGUUGAUCAAACCCUCGGAUGGCGAACACGAGCUGCCGCAGGUGGAGUUGACGCCGUUGGAAAAGUUCUGCAAGUAUGGCGGGUUGGCGUUGGCGAUUUGGGGCGGCGCAGUUAUGGUUAUCUGCUUAAGUGCCACUUUAUUGCUUGGGGCUACUCAUUGA